AUGCGCGUACGCCACAUCACUUCUUCGACAAGAUGCGUUUUCCAUGUCUUGGCUGCAGCUCUGGAAUCCCCCUCUCAUGUCCCUCUCGGCCCAAUAGGCCAGAUGGUGGAGACAGGUCCCGGAGUUACCUUUGCAGACAUACCAACAGGGGCUGGGUUGGACCAGCUGUCCGAAUCUUUGAUAGGUGAGCUGAGCCAGCUUGGCUCUUCGUACGAGAAUGAGUUACGCAAGGCUUUAGGUCAAUAUCACGAGAAGCUGGUUCAAGUCUUGGCGCCAGGAGAUGUCAAAGGCAUGCUCCAGCCGGCUGAAUUUCAGGAUCGGCUCCAGAGAUUCGCGUUGCAAGCUCAAUGUCGACCAUGCGCAGAAGAAGAUGGAGAGCUGCCCUCCUUCGAUGCGGUGCCGAAAAAACCCCAUCAUGGAGGAGUCGAAUUUGGCGACGAGAGUCUGGAGGACCCGUGGAUGCCAUGCCUGACUAAAGCCUCGUCUUCGACAUCUGGCGUCCAGUCCGUGGAAGUGGAUAUCCCGAGUCCCGUGUCUGGGGCCACCUCUUCCUUCUCAAAGCGCUUGGCGAACGAGAGGCGGAAAUCCAGGACAAGUUCAGACGACGCUAAACCUCCUCUGCACCUUCAGCUCAUGGGAUUGAUGGAGACAUUCGAGACGACUCGUGUGGACUGCAUCAUGGGCAUCCUGGUUGUCUUGAACUCGAUCGUCAUGGCUCUAGAACUCGAGUGCGACGGGCAAGCUAACGCAUCUUUUGUUGGGCUGACACCUGCCUGGAAUUGCGCAGAAAGCUCCAAGGAGGUCGUGUUUUUAGUUCUGGAGCAUAUCUUCACAUGGAUCUUUGCGCUGGAGCUCGUCGUGAGGUUGUAUUUCCUCAGGUGGGCUUACUUCCGGGAUAUCUUGAACUGCGUUGACGUUCUGCUGGUUGCCCUUCCCAUGCUAGACCUAUACGUGUUCACUCCUUUGGCCGGAUACUCGCACAAUAUUGAACUGCUUCGCGUACUGCGGCUCGCAAAAAUGGUUCGUGCCAUACGCAUUAUGCGGACUUUGCGUUUGUUUCAGGGCUUGCGAUUAUUGGUGCAAGCAUGCUCAUCAUUCUUGCCUUCGCUGGCAUGGUCCAUGAUUUUGCUGGCGGUUUGCAUGAUGGUGGGUGGUCUCGUCAUGGGCAAUCU